CCUCCGUCUGUAGCUAUUUUCUAUGAAUGGGUUUCAUUGUUAACUUGAGGUCUUACACGAUUCUGUUGAGCUACACUGUCUAGUUAGUUUGAUCACAAUAUGAUUCAUAAGAUUGAUUUUCUGAUAUGGUACAUGAAAUGGAGCUGGAAUGCACGUGUUUAGCUUAGCAUUUGUAUGAGAUUCUGAUAUAUAGCUUUGUUGCCACACGAACUGCAUGGGUUGUCAUCUGCUGCCAACUUCCAGCCUACUGUCGAGAGCUGCUGCUUCGUUGUCUCCGCAGCCGCUGCUGCCCGGUGCGCCAACGAACUCUUUGACCAGUCUGUCAGGCUGCCUCCUCGCACAGUGAUAAUCUUGUUUUUCAUCUAUGUAUACCAAUUCUAGAUUUGCCACUUAAUAUAAUACUCUAGUUAACGUAUUACGAAGUUUUACUCGGAGUGUAGUUUCUCCUAAAUGUCUUAAAACUAUUUUUAAUUUCUACUAGUGUGGUUUGUGUGUGUGCUUAUGUAUUUUUUAUAAAUAUGUCUUAUAAGUGCACUACUUUGAUGUCCUGAAAUUCAUAAUCUUACAUGUCUAGUUAUCUUUUUCCUCCAUCAGGCUCUUAAAGAAGCACUUGCGCAGAUCAGAGCGUGCUCAUUUAAUAGAUGUCCUGAAAAAGAAAGCUAUUAAAUGUGGAGACACAGCUGAAAUUCAUUCUCAGAAGUGCUUACAUAGUACUUGAGCCUUCUCCCUUUUAUUGUCAUGGUUUAUGACUUCUAAACGUCGAGGGCAGUGUAGCAAAAGUGUUCGUUUGCAAGACGAACCAAAUGUUUCACAACAAAGGUUGAAAACCAGUGAAGGUUUCACUACUAAGACAGCAAUAGGCAGAAGAGUUUAUAGUAGAAAUCUACAUCAAAAAACUUUGGACAUGGUCACACCUUCGCACCACAGCCAUGAAAGUGUGCCACCAUUGGAGAAUGAGCGCUUGAGUGUCGACGUCGAACAACAAGAAGAUGAAGGUAUUGCAUCUAGUGCUGAAAUUGUUGAAAAGCAAAGUAGAGGCCCUACGUAUAUGAAAAAUAUUUGGGGUCGCCCUCUAAACUUGCCCCCCAUUCAUGUUGAAUAUAAUGAGUUCGGUCAAGCUAUAGGUGGUGAGGAUAGCACGCUCUGCCAUUUCCUAGGUUCGAUAGCAAGAAGCGGUAAUUAUUGUCCUAUAGAUAUUAAAAGUUGGCAUGCCAUUCCAAAGGAGAGAAAAACUGAGAUGCUUGACAUUGUAAAGUUACGAUUCCAUGUCCCUAUCAUUGCUGAGAAGUGGAUCCUGGAAUCUAUCGGGCUUAAAUGGAGAAACUGGAAGCAUUACUUGAAAACGAGAUACUGGGCUGACGUACCUAUCGAGCAUUUAAUAGAUGAUAGGGACGAAAGAGUUUUGGAAGUUCAAUGGAUCAAUCUCCUUGCCUAUUGGAGAACAGAACAUGCAAAGAAUGCAAGCAAAAGAAACAAAAAAGCGCGAGAGAAAAAGUUAAUGAAUCAAAGGACAGGAAAGAAGUCGUUUGCCCAAGUUAAAGCAAAAAUGACCAAAGAACUUGGACAAUGCCCAUCUCGUGUUCAACUUUUCAAAACUUGUUUUGUUUCUUCAAAUGGAAGCACAAGUGAUGCUGUCUCUAGCAAAAUUUCAGCAAUGGAAGAUUGUAAUGAUCAAUCUCUUGAAGGUUCGGACGAUGCAAUUGCUCCAGAUGAUAUCUUUGCCCAAAUUAUGGGGAAGGAUAGACCCGGCCAUGUAAGGAUGAUGGGUAGGGGAGUGCGUCCUUCAGAUUUAUGGAACGAAACUUCUAAAAGCACAUCGAACCGUUUGCUAGUGGAGUAUCGAGAAAAGAUUGAACGGCUAGAGGCAAGGCUUGCAACACAAGAAAGAGUUUGUGGUUCACAAGCAGACACUAGGCCAAAUGUGAUAGUCUCUAAGCCUUCCUCAGUAAAUGCUACAACAACUCAUAUUGAUCAGGUUGGUACAUACGUGUCUCUAAGAAGCAUUUUCACAAAAAAAAUUGUUGCCAAAGGAUGUAUUCAUAGCAUAGAUCCAAGUACAAAAGUUGGCGGACAAAUGUUAGGAUUGAAUUGGUGUGAAAUAAAUGUUAAAGUUGUGGUUGAACCUAAGGAGGAAUUGAUCAGACCCUACGACAACUUGCACGAGCUUUCCCAGACCGUUGGUCAUAUGAUUGCUUGGCCAUGUUUUUUGGUGGACCCAUUAAGUGACAACCAUUGAAUAUUGAUACAUUCUCUUCUUG